GAGAAGCUCCGGCCCCACUAGCCCGAGCGCCCCGCGCCUCAGUACAUCGCGGCGGUCCCCGGGCGGCUAGGCCAUGAGACCUUAGGCCAUGUCGAAACGCGACAUCGUCCUCACCAAUGUCACGGUUGUCCAGCUGCUGCGACAGCCGUGCCCGGUGACCAGAGGACCACCCCCACCAGAGCCCAAGGUUGAGACAGAGCAGGAGCCCCAGCCUGAGCCAGAGCCCAAACCUGAGCCAGUCAAGGAGGAAUCCCCACUUCCUCAACCUACGAAGCCUUCUGUGGUUCAGAAGCUGACAGUGGGCAUCAAUGGAUUUGGACGCAUCGGUCGCCUGGUGCUCCGCGCCUGCAUGGAGAAGGGUGUUAAGGUGGUGGCAGUGAACGACCCAUUCAUCGACCCGGAAUAUAUGGUGUACAUGUUUAAAUAUGACUCCACCCAUGGCCGGUACAAGGGGAGUGUGGAGUACAGGAACGGAAAACUGGUGGUGGACAACCAGGAGAUCAGCGUCUUCCAGUGCAAGCAGCCCCGAGAUGUUCCCUGGAAGUCUGUCGGGAACCCCUUUGUGGUUGAGUCCACUGGCGUGUACCUGUCCUUACAGGAGGCUUCAGACCACAUCGAGGCAGGUGCCACGCGUGUGGUUAUCUCUGCACCCUCACCCGAUGCGCCCAUAUUUGUCAUGGGAGUAAACGAGAAGAACUAUAAUCCGGGCUCCAUGAAAGUUGUCAGCAAUGCCUCCUGCACCACCAACUGCCUGGCUCCCCUUGCCAAGGUCGUCCAUGAGCAAUUUGGGAUCGUGGAAGGGCUGAUGACCACAGUUCAUUCCUACACUGCCACCCAGAAGACAGUGGACGGGCCAUCGAAGAAGGCCUGGCGAGACGGGCGGGGUGCCCACCAGAACAUCAUCCCAGCCUCCACCGGGGCUGCCAAGGCCGUUGGCAAAGUCAUUCCAGACCUCAAAGGGAAGCUGACAGGAAUGGCAUUCCGGGUGCCAACCCCAGACGUAUCUGUUGUGGACCUGACCUGCCGCCUGGCCCAGCCUACCUCGUACGAGGCCAUCAAAGACGCCAUAAAAGCAGCAGCCCAAGGGCCCAUGGCUGGCAUCCUCGCCUACACCGAGGAUGAGGUCGUCUCCACUGACUUUGUGGGCGAUACCCACUCGUCCAUCUUCGAUGCUAAAGCCGGCAUCGCGCUCAACGACAACUUCGUGAAGCUCAUUUCCUGGUACGACAACGAAUACGGCUACAGUCACCGAGUGGUGGACCUCCUCCGCUACAUGUUCAGCCGCCACAAGUGAAGCAGGAUGGCCCCUCCUCCGCUCCCCCGGGCGGGAACCCGUAUCUCCCGUGCCCGCUGUCGCCUCCCCCGGGGAAGGAGGGUGCCCCGCUGUGAAAUAAAAAACGCAGAAAGCUCA